AUGGCGAACGCGGCAUCCAACUUCCUUUCUAGGUUCGCAGUCCCCCUGGGUCUGAGUGCCAUUGCGGUGCAGGCGAGCCUGUACGACGUGCCGGGUGGCUACCGCGCGGUACUCUUUGACCGCUUCACGGGUGUGCAGAAGAAGCCUUCCAUGGAGGGCACGCACUUCCUCGUGCCGUGGCUGCAAAAGGCGAUCCUGUACGAUGUCCGGAUCAAGCCCAGGACCAUCUCGACUACGACGGGAUCUAAGGAUCUACAGAUGGUGACACUCUCGCUGCGUGUGCUGUCGCGCCCCGAUGUGGCGCACCUGCCGCAGAUCUACCAAUCGCUCGGCCAGGACUACGACGAGCGUGUGCUGCCUUCGAUCGGAAACGAGGUGCUGAAGGCCACCGUGGCCCAGUUCGAUGCGGCGGAGCUGAUCACCCAGCGUGAGGUCGUCAGCGCGCGGAUCCGCGAGGAUCUGCUGAACCGCGCGCGCGAGUUCAACAUUGUGCUCGAGGAUGUGUCGAUCACCCACUUGACAUUCGGCCAAGAGUUCACCAAGGCCGUGGAGCAGAAGCAGAUUGCGCAACAGGACGCCGAGCGUGCCAAGUUUGUUGUCGAAAAGGCCGAGCAGGAGCGCCAGGCCUCGGUCGUGCGUGCCGAGGGUGAGGCCGAGGCGGCCUCGCUCAUUACGCGUGCGCUGGAUAAGGCGGGCGAUGGCCUGCUGACCAUGCGCCGCAUCGAGGCGUCGCAGGACAUUGCCAAGACGCUGAGCACGGCCCGUAACGUCACCUACCUUCCCCACGGAAACAAUGUUCUGGCGGCGGUGUUGGUCGGCGAGCGCGUGGUGCUCGUGCCGUACCGCGAACAGCAUGUACCCACGUAUCAUGCGUGGAUGCAGAACGAGGCGCUGCGUGAAGCGACAGGCUCCUCGGCCCUGAGCUACGAAGAGGAAGUGGAAAUGCAAAAGUCAUGGCGCAACGACGAAGACACGGAUGACGACCGCGACGCGCUGCUCACGACCUGCCCCAUGGUCGGCGACAUUAACCUUUUCCUCAGCGAGCAGUACGACGAGAACGACGCAGAUGCGCCGCCACGCAUGGGCGGCGAGCUCAAUGUCAUGAUCGCAGAUACCGCAUACCGGCGGCAAGGGCUUGCCUCCGAGGCGCUGCGCCUCUUGUUUUACUAUGUCACAGCGCGCCCCACGCCGCUUCCCCACGGCGAGUCGCAGGGACGGUCGCCGCUGAUGCUCGAUCCUACGCACAUCUUUUCGCGCAUCCACGAGAGCAAUGCGGCGUCGCGUGCGCUCUUUGAGGACCUCGGCUUUGUCGUCGGCAAAGAGAGCAAUGUCUUUUCCGAAAUGGAGCUGCAGGUCGUCGAUGCAUCUGCCCUGAAACGGACGGCGCCGCGCGCAGUUCUAUUCUGGCCGGAAGCGGGCGUGUGA